CCGCCUCCUCCCGACCCCGUGACGUCACGCCCCGGUUUAAUCGGGCGGCGGGAAAGGGACUUAUAUACCAGCGGGGACGCGCAUUCGGCACGAACGGGAUCAGCGGGGACGCGCAUUCGGCACGAACGGGAUCAGCGGGGGCGCGCAUUCGGUGGGAACGUGAUGUCGGUGCUGAAUCCUCUGAACAAACACCCGGAUCUUAACAGCGGCACCGUGUUGCUAGUGGGAGCUGAUGGUCUUCAUUUGGAUCAACUUGCGGCUGCGAUCCUAAAGGAGAAUAGGUCCUUUGAAGUGAACGUUCACUUAGCAAAAUGCCUGCCACUACCUGCGGAGAACGAGCACAGCAGACCACGGAUAGACCUCAUUGUCUUCCUCAUGGAUUUGCGCAGUCAGCACAGUGUUGAAACUGUGAAGGCGUCCCUGGCUUAUGUUGAUGUGAAUUACUUUCUUGGGAAAGUUUGCUUCCUUGCAGUUGGAGGCAAAGCUGUGAAGCACCACUCAGUAGAAAUGUACACCCUGAAGCAACUGGCAGAUUCCUACUCGAGCCCCCUGAUUCCUGCUGAGCUGGAGUCCGCAGAGAGAAGAUCAGUGAUAGCUCAGAGACUCCUUCAGAUGUUGAAGGUUGCGGCGGGCCUGGUACCAGGAAUGUCUGCCCUUGCUCUCAGCUCCUUGAUCAGACCCUCCUUCAGGACAGAAGUAGAGAGAUGCUAAGCAGUGCGUUGAAAUGUUGGCAGCUCUUAACUUCAGUUCAAGGUUGAGGAACCACUUUGUUUUGUUUUGCGCUAAUCAUUAUGUACGUGGAACUGCAGUUUACCUUUUGUUUAGUCUGGAAAUAAAAUAAUUGUAAUAUAGAUUUCCUCAGCUAAUAUAGACUUCCUCUGAACUGAUUACUUCUAUAAAAAUGUCUGUAAAUAAUUGACUGCACAAUAGAAAUAAAAUAAGUUUUAUCCA